CAGUGUCUUCUCAUUUUACCAAAGACCUUUUGACAGAGCAGGACACAAAAGAUUCAUUCCAAAAAGUGAUAGUGAGAAGAUAUGGAGAUUGCAGCCUUGAGAAUGUAAACUUAAUGACAGACUGGGAAAGUGUAGGUGAGUGUAAGGGGCGGAAAGGAUGUGCUAAUGGACUUAGCCAGUGUUUCUCAACUACCCAUAUCCAAAGUUUUCAAUCUAAUGAACGUAUGAAAGUCCGUAGUAAAUUGUCAAAUCUAAAUAGACAUGAGAUAAGUUAUACUGGAGAGGAACCUUUCAGAAGCAAAGAAUAUGGAAAACCUAUUUACAUGUCUUCAAUCCUAACUCAACAUCAGAGAAUUAAUACUGGAGAGAAUCCCUACAAAUACAGAGAAUGUGGCAAAGCCUUGAACCAGUGUUCACAGUUUGUUGAAUAUAAGAAAAUUCAUCUUGGAGAGAAACUCUACCAGUGUGACCAAUGUGGCAAAGCUUUUAAAUAUAGUUCAACCUUUUCUCAACAUAAGAGAAAUCAUACAAGAGUGAGACUUCACAAAUGUGAAGAAUGUGGCAAAGCUUUUAACUGGUGCUCGGCCCUUACUAAACAUAAGCGAAUUCAUACUGGAGAGAAACCCUACAAAUGUGAAGAAUGUGGCAAAGCUUUUAACCAGUCCUCAAACCUUUUUGAACAUAAAAGAAUUCAUUCAGGAGAGAAACCCUACAAAUGUGAAGAAUGUGGCAAAGCUUUUAACUCAUGCUCAACCCUUACAAAACAUAAGCGAAUUCAUACAGGAGAAAAACCCUACAAAUGUGAAGAGUGUGGCACAGCUUUUAACCAGUGGUCAAUCCUUACCCAGCAUAAGCGAAUUCAUACUGGAGAGAAACCCUACAAAUGUGAGGAAUGUGGCAAAGCUUUUAGCCAGUGGUCAAACCUUACUAAUCAUAAGCGAUUUCAUACUGGAGAGAAACCCCAUAAGUGUGAGGAAUGUGGCAAAGCCUUUUACCAGUCCUCAAGACUUGCUGUACAUAAAAGAAUUCAUACUGGAGAGAAACCUUACAAAUGUGAAGAAUGUGGCAAAGCCUUUAACCAGUGGUCAAGCCUUACUAAUCAUAAGCGAAUUCAUACUGGAGAGAAACCCUACAAAUGUGAAAAAUGUGGCAAAGCCUUUAACCAGUGCUCACACCUUUCUAAACAUAGGAAGAUUCAUACCACAGAAAAACUCUUCCAAUGUAAAGAAUGUGAAAAAGCCUUUAACCAGUGCCCACAUCUUUCUGAACAUAAAAGAAUUCAUACUGGAGAGAAACCCUACAAAUGUGAAGAAUGUGGCAAAGCUUUUAGCUAUAUAUCAUACUUUACUAAACAUAAGCGACUUCAUACUGGAGAGAAGCCCUACAAAUGUGAAGUAUGUGGCAGAGCUUUUAACCAGUAUUCAAUCCUUACUAAACAUAAGCGAAUCCAUACUGGAGAGAAACCCCACAAAUGUGAAGAAUGUGGCAAAGCCUUUUAUCAGUCCUCAAAACUUGCUGUACAUAAAAGAAUUCAUACUGGAGAGAAACCCUACAAAUGUGAAGAAUGUGGUAAAGCUUUUAACCAGUUGGCAAACGUUAAUAAUCAUAAGCGAAUUCAUACUGGAGAGAGACCCUACAAAUGUGAAAAAUGUGGCAAAGCCUUUAACCAGUGCUCACACCUUUAUAGACAUAGGAAAAUUCAUACCACAGAAAAACUUCCAGUGUAA